GUGCAACAACUGCAAUAGUAUUGUUGAGUCGAUACAAAAAUCUUGUUGGCUCUAUAUUAACACGAUUAUUAUGGUCAUUCUAACAUAGUUUUACAACAAUAUCAUUGUGAUUUUUUUCUUGUGCUUAUAAUCCUAUAGUUGAAUCCCGUGAUUUACUCAUCGCUGAGCCUGAUCGAUCUCCGUACAUUUUUCAAAAAAUUACUCGCGCUAUCAUCAUCAUCACGUUAUGAAUUAUACGGAAAUACUGCACAUUUACAUAAUAUUUUAACGACGUGCCCAUAGCAACAAUAAACCAAAAAAAUAAAUAAAUAAAUAAACAAACAAACAAAAACGUAAUCGAAAAAAAAUAAUUAAAAUUUCCGCUAUGUCGUACGACGAGAAAUGAAGCAAAUAGAAGCAAUAGCAGUACUGUCCGUCGACUCGGACCAAGUCCGGUUCACGGUGCUAUCGAACAGGGACGGCAGCGAAGUGGCCUCGUCGGUCGAGACGUUUCCGCUGAUAACCGCGGUGGGAAACGCGACGAGCGCCGAUCGGUCGACGUCGUCCGUCGUCGCCGUCGAGCCGGACGAUCGGACGGAAUGUUCCGCGGUGGCGGCGGAAGAGGAAGACGACUCGCCGACGGGCCGAGGGUUCGUGGAACAGGACCCGGACCGGAUAUGGGAGGCGGUGCUGCGGGUGACGGAGGACGUGGUGGACAAGAUGUGCCGGGACGGGACGCCGGUGACGUACAUCAAGUCGGUGGCCAUCGUCAACGAGAUGGGCACGUUGGUGGCGUGGAACGCGGUCACCGGAAAACCGGUGCACAACGCCGUCCACUGGUCGGACGUCCGGAUGACGGCCGGCGGCGGCGGCACGGGCGCGGCCGCCCAGUGGCUGCUCCAGCGGUCCGCGGCCGUCCGGUGUUCGGCGGACAGCUGUCGUUUCGGCACGCUGGACGCGUGGCUCACGUGGAAGCUGACGGCCGGCGCCACGUACCAGACGGACGCGACCAACGCCUCGUACACGGGACUGCUGGACCUGUCCACGCUGUGCUGGGACCGGGACGCCGUGCGGUCCCGCGGCCUGUCCGGCGACGCGUGGCCGCCCGUCCGCCGGCCGCACAAGCGGUCCGCCGCCGUCAUCGUGGUGGGCCGGCUGUACGGGCUGUCCGUGCACGUGACCAUGGCCCGCCCGGGGGCCGUGCUGUACGCGCAGGCCUGCUACCGGCGCGGCCAGGCGGCCGUCACGCUGACCGACCGGACGGCCGUGGCGGUGUGCGCGCACGACCGCGGCCCGCCCCGGCCGCAACCGUCCCGGCUGGGCCCGUGGCCGGUGGUCGGCUACUGCGAACCGAACGCGGCCGACCGGAAGCACCCGAGAAUCGUGUACGGGCUGCUGGCCGUUUCCGGCGCCACUUCCGUCGCGGGCUGGCUGAGGAACAUGGGCGUGGCCAAGUCGUGGGACGAGUGCGCGCACGCCUACGAAGCGGCCGCUCCGGCGCUGAACCGCGACGGCGCCGGCCCGCACAGGUCGUACAUGGUGCCGGCGUUCGGCGGCCUUCCGUCGGCGCCGUACGGGCGGCCGGACGCGCGUCCGGUGGUGUGCGGCAUCGGCGGCCACACGGGCCCGGCGCACCUGAUCGCCGCGGCCGUGGACUCGAUGUGCCACGGCGUGGACGACGUGGUCGGGUGCGCGGUGGCCGGUUCGGCGGCGGCGUCCGGGCUGGCGGGACCGCUGCACGUGGACGGGCCGUGCUCCGCGCUGGACGGCCUGAUGCGCCGGCUGGCCGACGUCACCGGUCACCGGUUGGCCGUCAACCGGGCCGACAUGGCCGUGACCGGCGCCGCCCGGAUGGCCGCGGCCGCGAUGAACGUCGAGUACGGCGACCCGCACGCCACCGUCCACUACGAGCCGACGUCCACGGCCGAACAGCGGUCGGCGUGGCGCGGCCAGUGGACGAAGGCGGUGCGCAGGAGUUACGGCUGGGCGGCCGCGGUCGGCCGCGGGCUGGACGACCCGUACGCGGUUCAGCAGGACUCGGCCGACCGCCGGCGGACGGGAUUCUCGGCGCUGGCCGACGCUGUCCGCCGCCUCGGUUCCUGGUACAGCGACAGGGUGAACGAGGUGCUGUACGCCGUCCGCAGCUAUUUCGCGCCCGACGUUCGUCCUGGGCGGUCGGUGUACGUCGUCGAAGGUUCGGCCGCCGCCGACGGUGCCGCGUGCGAUCGGUGAACUUUUACGCGCUACAAUUGACGCCGUUUUAAUUAAUAAUCUUUUAAUGUUCAAUGUGUUUUAAUACGUCAUUUUUAUGAAAUUAUAAAACCAAAAUUUCCAAUACAA